CCACCGCCCAUUCAAACAAUAGUUCCGGUUCAACAUAUCUGUUUUUUGUUUACGACGUGAGAAGCGCGUCUUCCGUACUGCGAAAAAAUCCGUUCAUUUGGAGCAGAACGCCUUUGUCACAGAAAUGUCUACUGCACUCGAAAGUUACAUCAAUCGCACAGUUGCAAUUAUAACUUCGGAUGGAAGAAUGAUUGUGGGCACGUUGAAAGGAUUUGACCAGACCAUCAACCUGAUUCUCGACGAAAGCCACGAGAGAGUGUUCAGCUCCACACAGGGAGUGGAGCAGGUCGUUCUGGGGCUGUAUAUCGUCAGAGGAGACAACGUAGCUGUUAUUGGAGAAAUUGACGAAGAGACGGAUUCAGCUUUGGAUUUGGGGAACAUUCGGGCGGAACCCCUGAACUCUGUUGUGCACUGACAAUCGCGUUGAGUUCUUGAAACCUCUCAGCAGUGCGGUCGCGCGAUGCUCCAGGAACCUUUACUCCGCACCACUCACAGCAGCGUGAAAAUCCUGGAACCUCACACAACCGACAGCCGCGUGAAGCCUCAGGAACAUCACACCACUCCAAGAACCGUGGUGUGAAACGCCUGGAAUCUCCAGUUUAGUUUUAGGAAUGUUCUGUAAUCUUCAAGGACUUCACCUGUUAGGAAUUCUGUAUUGCUUUGAGGGGUUAGUCUUAUUUCGAUUUAAUUAAAUGUAUUACGUUCUAUUAUAUGCUUGUAAAAUAUUGUUAUAAUCAUCAGGUUAUGAUAUCACUUUGAUAUACCAUUUUGUAAAAAAAAAAAAAAUCCUUGGAUGUCAGUAGGACACUUGUUUGGUAUUCUAAUAUUACUUGUCAUGUUUAAAUAAAAAAAAUGAAAUUAAUUAUUUAGGGUUUUACGAUUCUUAUGACUAUUCAGUUCCUGAGGUGUAAGUAACUUAAAACUACUAAGUUGGUGUAAAACUUCAGAGGGAAUCUUAAUUGUACAUCAGUGCAACCUGUUUAUGGUGUGUUGGAUCUAGUUCCAUCUAUGAACAUACCCAUACACAAGGGGAAGUGCUGGGAACAGGAAUUUACCCUGCAAUGUUGCCUCAUUUUUACCAUAUUACUUAUAUUAUCCUGAGCUGGGCAACUGCCAAAGGUAAAGUCCUGGAUCAGGGCUUUGUCUUUGAAAUACCCUUUUACAAAUAGAUUCAGCUAAUGAGAUCUAGAAAUCUUUUCCUUACUAUAAAAACCUAGACCGGG